AUGUCUGCUGAAGGCCUUACUGAAAUCGACGGUCAAAUCGAAACCAACUACGACACUGUUGUCUACAAGUUCGAUGACUUGAACUUGAAGCCCGCUAUCGUCAGAGGUAUCUUCGGUUACGGUUACGAAUCGCCCUCGGCUAUUCAACAAAGAGCUAUCUUGCCCAUCACUGAAGGUAGAGAUGUCUUGGCCCAAGCUCAAUCGGGUACCGGUAAGACUGCCACCUUCACCAUCUCGGCUUUGCAAAGAAUUGACGAAAACGAAAGAUCGACCCAAGCUCUUAUCCUUGCCCCCACCAGAGAAUUGGCGUUGCAAAUCAAGAACGUCAUCACCUCGAUUGGUUUGUACUUGAACGUCACCGUCCACGCCUCGAUUGGUGGUACCAACUUGGCUGACGACAUCGACGCUUUCAAGUCGGGCGCUCAAAUUGUUGUCGGUACUCCUGGUAGAGUCUACGACAUGAUUGAACGUAGAUUCUUCAAGACCGACAAGGUCAAGAUGUUCAUUCUUGACGAAGCCGAUGAAAUGUUGUCGUCGGGUUUCAAGGAACAAAUCUACAACAUCUUCAGAUUGUUGCCCGAAACCACCCAAGUGGUGUUGUUGUCGGCCACCAUGCCCCAAGAUGUGUUGGAAGUCACCACCAAGUUCAUGAACAAGCCGGUGAGAAUCUUGGUCAAGAAGGACGAAUUGACCUUGGAAGGUAUUAAGCAAUUCUACAUCAACGUCGAAUUGGAAGACUACAAGUUCGACUGUUUGUGCGACUUGUACGACUCGAUCUCGGUCACCCAAGCCGUCAUCUUCUGCAACACCAGAGCUAAGGUCGAAAUGUUGACCACCAAGUUGAAGGCGGAAAACUUUACCGUGUCUGCCAUCCACGCCGACUUGCCCCAAGCCGACAGAGACACCAUCAUGAAGGAAUUCAGAUCGGGUUCGCUGAGAAUCUUGAUCUCGACCGACUUGUUGGCCAGAGGUAUCGACGUCCAACAAGUGUCGUUGGUCAUCAACUACGACUUGCCCUCGAACAAGGAAAACUACAUCCACAGAAUCGGUAGAGGUGGUCGUUUCGGUAGAAAGGGUGUGGCGAUCAACUUCGUCACCGAAAGAGACGUCGGCAUGAUGAGAGAAAUCGAAAAGUUCUACUCGACUCAAAUCGAAGAAAUGCCCGCGGACAUUGGUUCGUUGUUCAACUAG